CCGCAUUUUAUACAAUUCGCGGUCAGUCAAGCCUCCCACAACUUUUCUAUAUAAAAAUUCGAUCAAAAGUGAACAAAAAAUUAUAUUUUUCAAUAAUAUAAAACUAGACGAUGGGAUCACUAAAUUUUCAUAAAGAUUGCACAUAAUUUAUACUAAUUGCCAGUUGCGCUGAUAAGACUUAAAAUUGGACGGUGCUGCCGCGAUCCCUCUGGAUCUGAAUUCUGGACAUCAUCAGCAACAUUUGCGAUCAAGACUUGAUUCCUGCCGGUGUGUGUCAGUGUACGUGUGGAGUGUUUUUCAGGACAGUUGCCGAUUCGCACUGAAAAUUGAAAGAUUUUGGCUUAUCUAAAAUUUGUUGUGCGGCUAACAAUGGCGUCAGCUAUGGAUGUUGAGGAAGAAGAGAUCGAUAUGCCAACCUCCAGCAGUGGAAAAGGCGAGAAGAAACGCUUCGAAGUCAAAAAGGUAAAAUUAAUAACGAGGCGAAAUUUCGCGAGAAAACGUCUUGCAAUCAACGAAUUUUCUAACCUCAUUUUUGCUUGGUCACGCUCUUCAAUUCGGUUUUCUCGGUGCGUUUCUGCUGGUUUACCUAAUGAAAGAUUUUAUCUGUCCUUUCAGUGGAACGCUGUCGCAUUAUGGGCUUGGGACAUUGUCGUUGACAACUGUGCCAUUUGUCGCAACCACAUUAUGGAUCUCUGCAUCGAGUGCCAGGCAAAUCAAGCUUCUGCGACAAGCGAUGAGUGUACGGUUGCCUGGGGUGUUUGCAAUCACGCAUUCCACUUCCAUUGUAUUUCACGAUGGCUGAAAACUAGGCAAGUUUGUCCCCUUGAUAACCGUGAAUGGGAGUUCCAAAAGUAUGGUCACUAGAAGAAAAUUUAUCUUUUACCAUAUUUUGUUAACUGCAACCUGAAAUUUAAGUUACUCUAAUCCAGGCAAACCUUUUUUUUAUUUCCCAUUAAAAGCAUUAAUAACUUAUUUUAUUUUUUGCCUGUUCUCUACCGAAACGAUGCAAAGCUGUUUUUUUCGUAUUUUUACUCAUAAAUGUAAGAUUAAGAUUUAAAUAAAAAAUCGAUUCGUAUUUAUAA